GAAGAAACCGAUUUGCUCCAGGCCUCCCGAAGCCCCUCCCAAAAAUUGGGUGACGGGGCCCUCCUUUGGCCAGGACUGGGCUGGCUCAGUUGCAGGGCUGCUUGCAUAAACCCCCAGGAGUCCAGAGUGUGAACCCCUGAGCCAGGAUGAAAGGGGCCUUUCCUCCCGGUGGUCUGGGGCACCCGGGUCGGUUCAGGCCAGGCCAGGCCUGGGUGGGGGAGGGGAUCUCCGGACGGGCUCUGCGAUGUCCACGGCUGAUUCCGGGCAUCCGGAGGCGCCCCGCCCCGCCCCUUCCCGAAGCGUCGCCCCGCCUGAGCCGGCAGCCAGUCCCAGCGUCACCGGGGCUCUGCUUCGCCGGGAGAAGGCGGGGAUCGCCUCGGACGCCGCCAGUCCCCACGCGGCCGCCGGACGCCCCUCCUCCGGCCGGACGGCGCCCACUCGCCAGCGGCCGGAGCGGGAGGGCGAUGCGGCUGGAGGCCGCCGGCGCGGGAGAAGCGCCCUCCGGAGGGGACGAGCGCGGGGACGCGCAGAACAAGCCCUGGAAGAAGCUGAAGAGCCUGGUGCACUGGUCGCCCUGUGUGGUCUCCUUCCAGAAGCGCUACUCCUGGGUUCAGCUCGCUGGCCAUGCAGGCAACUUCAAGGCCGGGGAUUUGGGCCACGUCUUGAAGAGACACUGCUCCAAUGAGCAGCAGUGCCUGGAGCGCCUGGGAGGCGAUGCAUUGCAGCCCUAUGUCCCAGCAUAUUAUGGGAUGGUGGAGCAUGAUGGGGAGCCCUACAUCCAGAUGGAAGACCUGCUGUCUGGCUUUGAGAACCCUUCCAUCAUGGACUGCAAAAUGGGCAUCAGGACGUACCUGGAGGAGGAGCUGGAGAAGGCGAGGCAGCAGCCCUGCCUGCGCCACGACAUGUAUGACAAAAUGAUGGAAGUGGACCCUUCCGCUCCCACACCAGAGGAGCACGCCCAGCGUGGCGUGCUGAAGCCCCGCUACAUGCAAUGGAGGGAAUCGCUCAGCUCCACCAGCUCACUCGGGUUCCGCAUUGAGGGGGUCAAGAGGGCCAGUGGCACCUGCAGCACUAGCUUUAAGAAGACCCGGCAAGCUGAGCAGGUCGUGGAGGCCUUUUGGGACUUCCUGGACAAGGACAAACACCUUCUGAGCAGUUACCUGGAGCAGCUGCAGGAGGUGAGAGCGGCACUGGAUCAGUCAGAGUUCUUCAAGGCACAUGAGGUGGUAGGCAGUUCCCUCCUUUUUGUGCAUGACAAAACGGGGCUUGCCAGAGUCUGGAUGAUUGACUUCGGCAAGACGGUGCCACUGCCUGACAAACAAACCCUGACCCAUCGGCUGCCCUGGGUGGAAGGCAAUCGUGAAGAUGGAUACUUGUGGGGCUUGGAAAACCUCAUGGCAAUCAUGCAGAGCAUGCUGGGAAAAUCGGACAGCACCCUGGACACAAGCCCGACGUAACCAGAGGAGCAACAUGUAGUCCCAGUGACUCUGACUUAAUUUCAGCCAGAUAUCCUAAGAAACCCCAGGAAUGUCUAGGACUGGACUGCAGCUACCCAGAGAACCUGGCAGCAGCAUUCCGAAUACCCAGCAGUCAACUUUUAUGGAAGUACGGAUGGCCAGAGGACCCCAGGACAGAGUUGGGGUCCUCCCAUAGAAGCUGCAAUCCCAUGUUCAGAGAAUUCUCUGUCAAUUCUGAGAAGGCAGAAAAGCUUUAAUUUUUGAACGAGCGGAAGGAACAGAUUUAAGAAUACCAAUGUCAACAUUUUUUCUUAAGAGGGUGCGCUUCUCAAGCACUCGUCAAUCAAAUCAGCUAGAUGCAAGGACCUCAGAAGGAGCCACUCUUCUCCACGUGAGCAGUGCACAGAAGCAUAGUUUUAUAGUGCAAAGCCCGCCUGGGCAUCUUUCCAUGCUUGAAAAAACUCAGCUGAAGAACUUCCAUGUGAUGCGCUGGAUGUUUAGAAACUUCAUGAUGGAAAUGGUUCCUUUUAACCUUCCUUCCAACCCGAAUGCUGGGCCACCAUAAGACAUGUCUUGUCUCUGCACUAGGACUCUUCAAGUGACUUGGAAUACAAAGGGGGAUUUUGCUAGGAAGGCUCUGUCAGUUCCCCUUCAUUAACCAAUCAAAAGGAGACCUAGUAUGGUAAGCCUGAUUGGGGUGGCCUGUAAGGUCAAUUAAAUAAACCUGUUCAAGUGA